GCAGUGUACGUUUAGAUCCAUUUUGAUUCCAGUGAUUGAGCUUCAGUAGCAGCCAGUAGCGUCAUAAGUUGCAGUAGGGUUGUCAGUAAAUGUUCUGAUUUGCUGUUAUACACGUUCGACAGUAUGAAUUAUGUUUUUGUGUUACUGUUUUUGUUCAUUAUAGUAAUAGAUACUGGAUAUUGCACGCAAAGAACUUUACGAUCAUGGCUGAAUCAUGACUGUGGCACGAUAUGUAGAGACAAAAAUUUAACAACAGUUUACCUAAGAGCUGAUGGAGCUAAUGACACAUUGCAUUAUCUAUGGGAUUUUGAUGGUAAUCCGUCUGUAUUAUUAGCGCUUACUUCACCGUCAGCUUCCAUGAAUAUAAGUUGGGAAGAUUUUCUUAUGAAAAGAAAAAAUUCCAUAACAUUUACAGAAGAACCUAUUUAUACAUUUGGAGUAGUCUUUAAUAAGAUUAUAGAAUUCAAUGAUAUAAAUGAUACAGCUUUAAUCGAUAUCACUAAUAUCGUAAAUACAAAUAUUUUACAUCCUAUGUUUUAUCAAUGGGACCGUAAAACUUUAAUACAAAAUACUGAAUUUGUUACAUUGAACAUGGAGGGUAAUUAUUACAAUGACAGUACUAUGAAUGUCAGCAGACAAGGAAGUGUAAAACUUUCGUUGAGAGGAUUUUGUUCUCUCGAUCAUUCAGAAGCUAUGCCUCACAUGUUACAUACUGAAAACUCUACUCAAGUUGAUAUCAUUCUUGAUAAUAUACAAACUAAUAAAAGCUUCACUAAUAGCAGAUUUGCUAUUGAGUUGCUGGUUGUAGGUGAAGGAAAUCCUGAUAUUCCUAUGUUUAUUAAUCCAAAAAAGAGCUUAGAUGAUGAACAUACACCUGGUAUAUUUGAGGUUGUUGAAGUUAGAACACCACCAUACAAAAGCAUGGAAAAUUAUCAAACAGAAGGAGCUUAUUUGCAAUGGAAACCAAUAUCUUACGGAGAUGCAUCUCGUGAUGUAUCAAGUACUAUAGAAACAAUACAAUAUCCACCAUUGAAAGUGACUAAUCAUACAAGUGCUAUUGUAAAUUCUAUGUUGUACAGUUAUUACGGAGACAAGGUUAAUGAUUUACUUACACAAAGAAUUAUUGUAUCAUUUGGAACAAAGGGAGAUGGUUUCUACAAAAAAACGUAUUAUUCUACAUGGACAUUCUUAAUUGGAUAUGGUACACCACCUAAUGAGAAAUUUUCCCAGUUGGUAAUCAUGAUCAUUUCGAUUGGUGUUGGCCUUCCGUUAAUUAUCCUAGUAGCAAUCGGCACAUAUCUUUGUAUCCGCAAGUUAUCAAAACGAAAUAGCGAAGCAUAUUUAAGUCAGUGAAGAUGUUUAGAGACCAUAUAAAUUUUUAAUUGCGUGAUAUUUGAUAGAUAUUUGUGCACGUUUAGUUGCAUCACGACAUACCACCGUUAAAUUAUACAAAGAGAUUUUUCUAUACUUAUAC